AACUGUGAGAGGCCUAAAGCAAAGCAAAACCAUCGGCGCCCACUCUUUCUCCUCUGAAGCACAAGCUGCACGUUCAUCCCUCUCUCUCUCUCUCUCUCUCUCAUCCGUCUUCAAUUUUAGCUUCCCUUCUCCCUCUAUAUAUCAAUGGCGGUUCCCUGGAUUCCGAAGUCGCGUGAAAAAUGGCAAGGUCCACGGAGAAACACACACUCGCAAAAUCCACCAUCAUUGUGUUGGCUUUCGCCGGCCUCCUUGGCGCAGCUCUGGUCCUGGACUUUCAAUGGGCUUCCUCUUCGUUUUCUUCUUCUGCGUAUUACUCCAUCGCCUCCCACUGGGCUCUUGCGAGGUCCCACGUUAUCGUCGAACCCGAUGCCUCCCCCAUAGCUGUAAAGAGGCCAGAAGUUAAAGAGAAGAAGCAAAUUGUUCCGAAGAAAUUCCUAUUGGCUACAUUUGCUGAUUUGCCCGGACCGGAACUGGAUUGGGAGCAGAUGCCAUCGGCGCCUGUGCCACGGUUGGAUGGAUCCGCAGUACAGAUAAACGAUCUUUUCUACGUGUUUUCAGGAUACGGCACCAUUGACUAUGUUCACUCCCACGUUGAUGUCUACAAUUUUACAGAGAACAAAUGGGUUGGAAGGUUUGAGACCCCGAAAGAAAUGGCGAAUUCGCAUUUGGGGAUUGCGACGGAUGGGAGAUAUGUAUAUGUGAUAUCAGGUCAAUAUGGUCCGCAAUGCAGAAGCCCUAUAGCUCGCACGUUUGUGGUGGACACUAGGACCCAGACAUGGCGGAGCUUGCCCCCAUUGCCUGCGCCUAGGUAUGCUGCAGCAACUCAGCUAUGGAAGGGCAGGCUGCAUGUGAUGGGCGGGAGCAUGGAGAACCGCCACACACCAGGCACAGAACACUGGAGCAUUGCAGUCAAGAACGGAAAAGCGUUGGAAAAACAAUGGCGUACUGAGAUACCCAUUCCCCGUGGGGGGCCACAUAGAGCUUGUGUUGCAGUUGGCGAUCGGCUUUAUGUUAUUGGCGGCCAAGAGGGUGAUUUUCAGGCGAAGCCUAACUCGCCUAUUUUCAAGUGCUCGCGCAGGCACGAGGUAGUUUAUGGUGAUGUUUAUAUGCUGGAUAGUAAAAUGAAGUGGAGGAUGUUACCUCCAAUGCCGAAGCCCAAUUCCCACAUAGAAUGUUCUUGGGUGGUGGUUAAUAAUUCUAUUAUCAUUGUCGGGGGCACAACUGAGAAGCACCCCGUGACCAAGAGGAUGAUCCUCGUUGGAGAGGUCUUCAAAUUUGAUCUACGGUCACAGGAGUGGUCAGUGAUUGGAAGGCUUCCAUUCCGCGUAAAGACUACACUGGCCGGUUUUUGGGAUGGAUGGUUGUAUUUCACAUCCGGGCAGCGGGACAGGGGACCGGAUAAUCCUCAACCAAGGAAGGUCAUUGGAGAGUUGUGGAGAAACAAGUUGAAAUUGUGAUGUAAUCUUUGUAAUAACUUAAACAGUGGUAUCCUGUUUCACUUUUGAUGUUAUACCCAUCCGUCUCAGAUUAGCUGAAGCCCCUAUACAUAGCAAACGUAAUUCAUUUUCAUAGCAAAGGACAAUUAUGAUGUCCUCUUUUUAAUCUCACCAAAUAGCAUCGUGUUCACAUGCUAAAUGAGAAACAAACUUGUAAGGCAUUUAGAAACGCUCUAAUUUUUGGUAUGUUCGUCGUAUACAAUCUGCCCUGGAUACCCAGGUGAUUUUGGCUAGAAGAGAACACCUAACCAAGAAAACUUUGGUGCCCGAAACUUUUAUCCAGCUUUACACGAAGAUGCAGAAAAGAUAUAUAUUCAAAUAGAACGAGGAUGAAAUUAACACCAAGUUAGCAUUUACAGAAGUCAACCAAUCAUCUCUACCGGGGUCCAGGAAGACGUGACCUUGUCCAAGUUAUGUGCAUCUACACAGUGAGGCUGGAACACUAUAAAUCAAACCCAGCGUGCAAGAGAAAUAACUUUGUAAGGGGGGGGGGGGGG